AUGUGGGCGAGGCAUUUCCUGAGGAAGACAGCCUGCCUCUUACAAGGGCUGCCUCUUGGACUUCACCAUCGUCCGGUCCUGAGAUACAUCACCUGUGUUCAUGUGCACAGCUCCCUGUUGCGGUAUCCUGGCUGCCGACCUUCUUGGUGUCACCUCCAUGGAGAAUCCAAACCUACAGCGUUCUUUAAUCCCUGCAGAACAUUAAAAAGAGAUGCAAAGUCUUCAAUAGACGUUCCUGACCACCCCAUUACAGUGACAGACAUCAGGCAGUAUCUGCGGUCUAAGGGAAUUCCCUUUCACGAUGGCUAUAGCUGCUUACAUGCUAGCAGUAUUUUUGUAGAGCCAAAAUCACAAAUACAAGAAGGAGCUAGGAAAGACAGCUACACAAUGUUCAUUGACAAAAUGACUGGGCAGUUUCUCUGUAAGGAGACUCUAGUAGAAGGAAGCUGGGAAGACCUGCAGGACUGUCUGGAGGUGAUGCAGAAAGAGGGACAAACCUCAAUCAACCCGGAUGUUUUGUUGAGCUACUCGGAGAGCGUGGAGGAACAGGGACAGAGGGAGAUGGAACUGAAGGAGGUGCACAGGAUUUGGAGCAGCUCUGUGAUGUUCUCAGAUCUCCCCGAAGAGGAAUUGCAGCUCAUCAAAACUAUGUUCCAGAUCAGUAAGCUCAACAACACAACUCUGAAGAAGUUUGGGGUGAGAUUCUUUAAGCCAACUAAAAGUCUUGUGUUUCCCUGGUUUAGUGGGCGAGACUUGAGCCUCCGUGGAAUAAAACUGCUGUCUGCUGCCACUAAGAAUGAUGGUCAAGUGGUGUAUACAGAAGCUAGUAUUCCUAAAUUAUCCAACUACUACAACCUCUUUGGCCUUCCCUUAGUAGGACGGAAGGAAACGGAGAUGGUACUCACAGGAAGUGAGAUUGACAGUAUGGCGGUUAGUCAGGCUACUGGCCUGCCUGCCUUGGCCUUGCCACGGGGAGUCAGUUGUCUGCCCCCGGUACUUCUUCCUUACCUGGAGCAGUUCAGAAAGGUCACACUGUGGCUGGGUGGGGAUAUGCGUGCUUGGGAGGCUUCAAAAAUCUUCUCAAAGAAACUGGGAUUGAAGCGCUGUUCUCUUGUGCGGCCAGGAGAAUUUCAGCCAUGUCCUAAUGAGGCGCUGGUGCAAGGCAGGAACCUUGCACGUAUUGUUAAGGCCUCCAUCCCUGCUGCCCACAAGUCUAUAGUGUCCUUUAAGCAGCUCAGGGAUGACGUCUUUGGAGAGCUAGCCAACGUAGAGCAGGUGGCAGGAAUAAAGUGGACCCGGUUUCCUGAGCUCAGUCGAAUCCUAAAGGGUCAUCGGAAGGGGGAGCUAACGGUAUUCACAGGUCCCACUGGCAGUGGGAAGACCACCUUCAUCAGUGAGUAUGCUCUUGACCUGUGUAUGCAGGGAGUGAACACACUGUGGGGCAGCUUUGAGAUCAAGAAUGUACGUUUAGCCAAAAUCAUCCUGACCCAGUUCGCUAUGCAGAGACUGGAGGAAAACUUGGAGCAGUACGACUACUGGGCUGACAAGUUUGAGGAGCUUCCACUCUACUUUAUGACCUUCCAUGGACAACAGAAUAUAAAGACAGUGCUUGACACCAUGCAGCAUGCUGUUUACCUCUACGACAUCAGUCACGUGAUCAUCGACAACCUGCAGUUUAUGAUGGGGCAGGAGAACCUGUCUGUGGACAAGUUUGCAGUACAGGACAACAUUAUUGGAGCUUUAAGAAAAUUUGCAACAAACAGCAGCUGUCAUGUGACCCUGAUCAUCCAUCCUAGAAAAGAGGAAGAUGACAAAGAACUUCAGACAGCAUCCAUUUUUGGCACCGCUAAGGCCAGUCAGGAGGCUGACAAUGUGCUUAUCCUUCAGGAGAAAAAGCUUGUUACUUGUCCCGGACGCAGAUCCCUGCAGGUGGCCAAGAAUCGCUUCGAUGGGGAUGUGGGAAUUUUCCCUCUGGAGUUCAACAAGUCUUCACUUACUUUCUCUGCCCCAGUCAAGAGCAAGCAAAAACUACGCAAGGUCAAAGGGGACAAGACUGAGAAUUCAGAAAUUGAAGUCAAGGAGAAAAUUGAGAAAAUCUCAAAGUCUGUAAAAGAACCUAAAAUCCCAAAGACACUUAAGGAGCCAUCAACCAGCAAUAAUGAAAUGAAUGGAGACGGAAGAAGCAAUAGUAAAGGGGCUGGUUGACUGUUCAGAGAAAGUGAAUGUUGCAACACAACUCGGUAUUUUUGAGCUCAGCUGUCAGACAAAAUGCCAGCAGGUGUAACUACAGGACAUCUGGUGAAUGUUUAUCAAAUAGUAAACAGUGAAUUGUAAUCGCUCGAGAUGGAAGGUUAGAAAGGAAUUUGGAUGUAUUGAAUCAGAUAAUAAUCUCCCAUUAAUGGAUCGAUGUUCAUAAUGAGCUAGGAAGGUUGUUGCCAAUUUAAUGGCGAAAUCUUAAAGCACACCAGCUUUUCAAACAGUAUGUAACCCUAAUCACUGAUGAGUAUGUGCCUAAGGACAGAGACCAUGACUUUUUUUGCACUCCUCUUGCAAUAUCCUCUGCAUAAAUCAACCGUCACUGUUAAGGAUAAACGUUCAAGUCCGCUAUGAUCUCAGUAUCAGAGAUAGGAGUAUUGACUGAGGUCUGAGUUGAGACCGACAUCCUACACGAGCCUUUGCAAAACACAGAUGUGAAGGUGACAUGCAUUAAUAUAAGCUGUGUUUGCAAAAUUACAAUAUAAAAUGUGUCAGUGAAUCAGAUUGAAAAUCUGAUCUGAUACCAGUCUAACAUUUCAGGCUUGUAUCGGCCACAAUACUUAUAUUCGGUAUCAGAUCAGUGCUAAAACAUUCACUAAGGUAUUUACCUUAAUUUUUUGUUAAAUGCAUCUAAUUAUAGAUGCAAGUAAUAUUGAAAUAUGGUUUUAUAUGGAAAGUCAGAAGUAUUAAGAUACGAAUUGUGACUUCUUUUCUAUAGUUUAUUUACUAAUAAAAAGUAUUUUUUUUAUGUGUA